AUGAAAGGAUUUAUGAAUCCAAUAUUUCAUCCUGUUGAUGAUGAAAUCACAGUUGAAGAGAGAAGAACUUUUUAAAUGCCUUUAUCUAAUUUUAAUUAGAAUAUAGAAUUGCCAAAAGAAUAUGAAAGAAUAUUUUCAUCAAUCACAGACUCAUCUUAACAGCUUAAUGAUAGCUUAUUAUAACCAUUUGAUAAUUCAAAAUAUGAAUAAACUCUUUUAUUUUAGAAUAAUAAUUGUCUAUAGAUUAAUCAUCAUAUCUCAUAAAAGAAUUAGCGACCAAUCGUUAAAUUUGACAAGAAUCGCUUAUAAUAAAUUCUAUAAAUUCUUGCUAAUUAUCAUUAAUGUAAAUAGAAACCAUAGAACGAAUAAAUAAUAAAUCAAAAUAAUAAUUCAAAGAAUAUUAAGGUAUCUUCUGAUACAAAAUAAAUUCAAUUCAACAAAAUGGAAAAUGUAAUUAAAAACGAUUCAACUCCAAAAAACCAACCUCAAUCUAUAUAAAAUGAAAAUGAUAUAAAGUCUCAUAAGCAAAGAUCUUCUACUAAUUAUACUCCAAGAGUUGAAACUUCAGCCAUUACUGUGUGUCAUUAUAGUUCCAAAAAUUUAGAUGCAAAUAUUAACUAGAAAUAAGAUGAUACAAAUAUUAUUUAACUUUUAUAAAAAAGAACAAAAUCUCAAUAUCACCCUAAAUAAUUGAUAAAAUCUUAAAUCGAUGAUAUUAAUAAGAAAAUCAUACAAUUUAAAAAUCUCAUCUUAAAAUCUAUUAAAUAUGAUCCUUUAUAUGAAUCAAUUUAAAUGUCAAUAGAUAAAAUUAUUUAAUAAAAUGAAGAUAGUAAUCUCUUACAAAAAGAAGUUGUUUAUCUUAAAGAUUUUACAAAUUCAAAAUCAUUUAAAGAAUCAAAAUAUUAUAUUUACUUUAAUGUUUAAAAAUUAAUAUCAUUAGCUAAAGAGAAGUAAAAAAAGUUAUAAAUAAUAAUGAUAUUCAAUAAAGAAGGUUAUUCAAAUGAUGGUCAUCAAAGUCCAAAAACAAAUUGUAUAUUGUCUAGAUAAACAACAUCAGAUAAUAUAAUAGAAGAAGUUUAAGAUGAUAAAAAAAGAUUUUUUCAAUUAGUUGUAAACAGAAAACUUGAAUUGCCAUUUAAUCAUCCAAGCAAAGAAUUAUUACUUAAUGAAUUAUAUGAAAAAGCAAUAAAAAUAGGUAUAAAGAAAUGUGAUUGGUAAUAAUUUAUCAUUAAUGAAUUGAAAUUUUGA